CCCCUACAUACGUUUUCGACUAAUCAUGACCACCGAGAUCAUAUUUUACGAUAUCGUCGCCCAGAAAACGAAAGCAGAGGAACGAGCCUGGUGUCCGAAUGCAUGGGUGACGAGAUUGACCCUUGGGUUCAAAGGUCUCCCGUUCAAGACCGUAUGGGUCGAGUACCCUGACAUCGCGGACCUCUGCAAGAAGAUUGGCGCUGCCCCAACGGGAACCAGGGAUGGUUUGCCCUUGUAUACCCUGCCCGUGAUACAAGAUCCAUCCACAGGGAAAGUCAUAUCGGACACGUUCGCCAUCGCUGAGUACCUGGACGAAACGUACCCCGACCGUCCGACGCUCAUGCCCAAGGGAACGCGAGGCCUGCAGUGGGCGUUCACCUAUACGGCCACGCAGAUGGCCAUCGGCCCCUAUCGGGACAAUAUGAUGCUCGCCGUUUACAAGCAGCUGCGUCCACGCAGUCAGGAGUAUUUCCGGGCGACGCGCGAGAAAGCACUUGGGAGUAAGCUGGAGGAGCUAUCGGUGGGCGUGAAACGUGUUGAGAGAUGGGCUACCGCCGAGGCCGGAUUCGCAAAGCUGUUGAACAUCAUCAAGAAGAACGGCGAGGGCAGCCAAUAUUUCAUGGGUGACACUGUCAGCUUCGCGGAUUUAUUCAUCGUGGCGUGGCUGGAAUGGGUAAAACAAGCGCUCGGAGGAGAAGAGUGGGAGUUGGUUAGGAAGUGGAACGGAGGUUUUUGGGGUCAGUUCGUUGACUCUAUACACUCGAAGUACGCCUUCUUUGACGAAGGAGUAGAGUACCAACCAUGAAUACGCCUGUGCCAUGAAAUGUAGGAUCUAAACGCGUUAAUCGAGCUC